GCUGGCGGAGAGUGAGUUUAGCAGCAGGAACGGGUGGUUUCAGGUUGUAUUACAGAAGUAUUACUGAUUACAGAACAACUGCAGACAAAUAAUAACAAGUUUCUGACUACAUGUAGUUAUUACUCAUCAGUAUCGAUUACCUGACAGAGUUUUCAGCCAUGAAUCCUCCAACAACCAGAGAUGAUACAAACCCGCCAGAGCACUACAUGCCUCACUCUGCAGCAGCAGGAGGAGGAGGAGGAGGAGGGUAUCUGGAUGCCUAUGAGGUCUCUUUUCCUCCGGAGGAGUGUAUAGACAGACCGCCUGCCUAUCACCUGAACCACAGCCAGCAGAUGAUGGACGUGCCCGUGGUGCAGGAGUCUCCUCACUCUCAGUACAGCCCUUUCAUCCUGGUCUCUAACCUGCGGGCUCACCUGUACGUCGCUCUGGAGAAGAACACCUGGCUGCAGAAGCACAUUGAGGAGCUGGAGGAGGAACGCAACUUCCUGCGCUGUCAGCUGGACCGCCUCAUCGUCAGCAUGAGGAGUCCGGAGGUGACAGAGUGGUGUGGAGACCCCCAGCAUGCUGUGAAUGUCCAGCCCGUCAUCUCUCCCUCCCCUCCCUCACCCAUGACCACCAGGUCUGGAAUGACCCUCAAACGCCUUCAGGUACCGGGACCUCGGACCCGCCGCAGCACUGCCAUCCCUGUCAAGCAAGAGUUUCACCUGGAGGAGGAUAAAUACUACACCGAGGACGAGUACAUGGAGGAAGAGGAAGAGGGGGAGGAAGAGGACGACUCGUCGGUGGAGACGGGCUCGAAGAAGAAGGGACGAGGACGAGCCAAAGGAGAGCCGAGGAUGAAGAUGAGGAGGAUCUUCAGGAUCACCCACGGCAGGGAGAGGCAGAGAGUCAAAGACCCAGACGGAGUUCUGAUUCGUUACAAGAAGAUCCUGUCCACCUACCAGCGAGUGAGGAGCAUGUCCCGAGCCUUCCAGAUCCACGGAGUCGACCGAAACACGAUGGCGUCCACCUCCCCGAUCGCUGAGCUGCUCCUGGUGGCGCCAGAGAAGGUGGCGGAGGUCGGGGAGUUCGAGGCGUCUAAGGAGAAACUUUUAGAUUACGCCCGGCGGUGCUACAAGACGAUGGACGAUCAGACGCACACCAAAGUCCAGGCCAUGAAGAAGACUCACAAGCUGCUGCCGAUCUCCUACAGGUUCAGGAACUGAGGAGAAGAAGAAAGGUUAAAUUCGUUGGGUUGGUUUGCACACUUCAGAUAUAGUGUCGAGGCUUUGUUUGUUUUUUUCAUUGCUUGAACAUAAGAAGAAAAGAUUAGAAACAUGAGGUCAAGAAGCCAAAUCACAGGAUUAACUUAGUUUGAAUAUAGUUUAAGAUUUCUGACAACAUGCUGCUUGUUUUUCAUUGAAAUUAUUGUGCAGCUGUUUAUAGUCGGCAGGGAUAUGAUUUUGUCUUUUUCACUGGAGGUUGAAGUUACUUGAAGUCACUUACUGCUUUACCUCAGGAAUUAACUACAGUAGGUUAAAGAUGCAAAAUAUUGUGAUUUAUUGGACACAAGUUUUCACCUCAGAGAGAACUGAUUUAGUUUCCAUGCCUGAAAUCAUGUUUUAGAGCAGGUAUACAAACAGUGAAGGACAAAGAGUCUUUAAUUUAUGGAAGAAUAUUUUUGAUCUGGUUGUAAUGAAAGAUCCCAGAUGAUUGUUUGAGUGGCCUUUAAUUAUUUUCACCUUUUGUUUUCUAUCUGAUGAGAGAGAAAUAUUUAUUUUCUUUAUGAGUUUUUGACAGUAUUAUAUAGUUAUUUGCACAAUAUGUACAUUUGAUUUAUAUUAUUGAAAAAGUUUGUUCAUGUAUCUAAUGCCUGAGUUACAUAUUGUAUUUAAGUUGGUCACAUGAAUGUAUUUAUGUUGAAUUAUAUGAUAACAGAAAGCUUAAAAUGUCACUAAAUGGAAUAAAGUAAAUGACUUGUG